AUGUCUGCUUCACCGCCCCCAGAGGAACGCGAAAAGGCCGACGCCGAAGCCCGCGCAAAAGAGCAGGCCGAGCAGGCCGCUUUGCCGUACAAGUGGGACCAGACCAUCAAGGACCUUGACAUCACCAUCACCAUUGACGCCAAGUACAAAGGCAAGGACCUCGACAUCAACAUUGGCCGCAACUCCAUCAAGGCCGGUAUCAAGGGCGAGACACCCAUCCUGCACGGUGACUUCCCCCACCCCGUCCGCGUCGACGACUCCACCUGGACACUAGCCUCGACCGGCUCCGCAAAAGAAAUCUCAAUCCAUCUCGACAAAGUCAACCAGCUCGAAUGGUGGCCCCAUAUUGUCACCACUGCCCCCAAGAUCGACACCUCCAAGAUUCAGCCUGAGAACAGCAAGCUGGGCGACCUCGACGGAGAAACGCGGGGCAUGGUCGAGAAGAUGAUGUACGACCAGAGGCAAAAGGAACAGGGCAAGCCCACCAGCGAUGAGCAGAAAAAGGCCAACAUCUUGAAGAAGUUUCAGGAGCAGCAUCCCGAGAUGGACUUUUCAAAUGCCAAAAUCGGCUGA